GUCUCUCCCCACGAUCGAAACUCAACAAUCACCGCCUCUGAAGUGAUCAUCGCGUCUGCUUCUGGACUGUUUUACUUCAUCUUAUUCAUGGUCGGCGUCCUUGGCGUUUGCAUCAAGUCCUGCGCCAGGUUAUGCUCCUCUCAAGGAACUUUCUUCGUUUUCUUUAUUGGCGUGUUGAUCGCUUCCGUAAAUGUCUUCACCAAUUCAGACAACCUAGAGGUCAGACUCUACUUCCGUUCAUCUUCAGCCAUUGUUAUUGGCAUAGCUUACUUUCUGUUUGGAGCUUUUCUUUUCUUUUCACUGCCAAGGGAAGGAGAACACCCACGGACGAUGGGCCACCAACAGCCUUCGAUGGGGUGUGUUAUCGGAAUGAUAACAUUGCCCCUGUUUUUAAUCGAAGCCUUGCUUUUAACUUUUACCUGUACAAAGGAAACUAAGAAGUCGUUCGAGGCCCACGAUCCUUCUGGGGAAUUAUGGAUUUUAGUUAUAACAGACAAGUCAGUAUUUCUCCUUCAAAAGUCUAUUCAGAUGGGCAUGUAUUUUUAUCUGCGUGCCACGACUCUUGUAAACGACGAAUACAAGGACAACGCCGAGUUUUAUUUUAGACUACUGUCUUUCUUCAAUUUGAUCGAGUGGAUUGACGCUCAGGUGAAUGGGGAUAAUGAUGUUUUAUUAAGCGGACCCAUUAUUGCAAAACUAGAUGGCUGGUUGGAUGUAUUCAUAGUACUUUAUAAAGCUUUCAUUAUUGAUUACCGUUUACUAUGUAGCUUGCUCUUCCUGGAACACUCCAUAGAGAUUGCAACUGAAGCCGCCGAUGAGAACCAACAAAAUAAUGCUCCGACAAUUAGUAACAUGACACCAAGGAAUCAACUGAGAAUGUGUGGUGGAUAUAUGAUGGGUGGUUUGUUCCUUACUGCCCCUCUGUUCUGUGCCCUUCAAUAUCUGGACAUCCUUAAUAUAAAAGGAUGGGUGGAGAUAUUCGCCAUUUUUGUCAACGUGGCAAUCUUAAUUUUUGGAACAUGCUUUCUUCUUAGCAAUAACUUAGAGGAUGGUGGAAAUAAAGAAGCACCUGGCGUGAAGACCAUGGUAAGUUGAUUUGCUGAUUUUACUAAACCUAGGCCUAGUGCCUAAAUCCUCUAGCUUGACUUAUAGUUGUUGCUAAUGAAAACGGUUAAUAUAAUCUGAUUUGAGAAUGCCCCUUCGGAAAUACGAACUUUUCAAUUUAAUAUUGACAACAUUUAUCUUUUACUUCGUUUAUUUACAAUAAGAGGCUUGUUUAUCUACGAUUAUUCAAUACUAUUACGAGAUAUGACUUUAUAGGAGACCAAGACUUUAGGAAAUUUAAAUGAAAUGUUACGCCGUUUAUUAGAACAAAUUGCUAAACAAAUGUCAUUGCGCAAAAUUUUAUAAACAGUAAAAGGUUGACUUUUUAUUAGCAGGUUGCAAUCAUUACCCUUUAUGUCAACUUGGAUCAAAGAAUUACAGUAAAACCUCCAUCUGCGAUCAGCAGUUUGUAAGCGACCACCAUCAUAUAUCACAAAAAGUUUUUCCUGUAAUAUAGUCCUAUGUUUAAAACUUCUCGAAAGUUACCACCUCUUCUGCGCGACCAGUUUCUGGGCUGACCAUUUUAUAGAUUUGCAUAGCCUGUGUAGCAUGGCGGUUUUCGUUGGGCGCCCUAAGUAACAUAGGCGGGCGAGGGCAGAGAAAUCGCGAGGAAAUUGGGGCGGGAGUUAUUUUUCUCGUGGCGUCGCCGUUUGUUCGCGCGUCCUUUCGCGCGCGUUUUGCGGCUUCGCCGCUCAUUAGUGCUCGCGACAAAACCGGGCUAAGAUUUUCAUUGCUUUGGAUCUCUUAGAUGGGAUCACGUGAUGCAAUUACUAGUCUGUUCUCUUCGUUUAUGUAUGUCACUACGCCACGCUCAAGUAUACGAAAAACUUUACGUGACAAAGUGGAACUAGACGUAUGGUAGCUUAAAAAUAGCACGCAAUAAAUUCUCCUCUAAAACGUAGAUGUGUCUGAAGAUCUUCUUGAAAGAGGCCCCCUAUUGUUCGAUUCUCGUAAGCGUUUUUGGAUAGUCUCUUACUGGAGGUUCGACUGCACUUGCAUAUUCUAAAAAACUAUGGUCAUAGAUUGUUAACCGUGCAAGAUUCCAAGGUUUAAAAUACAUAUAUUUUAACACAAGAGAAAGAUUUCCGACAUCGGUGCCCAAAGACCUUGAGCUCGAUUGCCCCUCCAUUUCUUCAAUACAGAAGCCGAUUCGGCUCCUGCUGAAGAGGAUUAUCUUCAACUAUUUGUUCUUCGAGGAGGAUCAAAUUCUUAUUGAAUUAUCUUAAGACGUUUUUUCUAACAUUUUCUAAUCUUUUUUUAGGUUUGUUGCUUAGGUGCAGUUGGAUUUAUUUGUUGGUUGAUAAAAGGAGCCAUUGCCGCUUACUGGGGAGCUACUGCGCAUGACCGAACUGAAUGGGAUGCUGCAAAGUUUUGUUUUCGUGGAUGCACAGCAGCAUUCCUUAUGUAUUUACUCAUGAAAGUCAACGCAAAGGCCCUGCCGUUAAAAAAUCCAACCUCGACAAAAAAUCACUUUUUGGUUCCCAUUCUUCUGUUAGGCAUAAUUUCCAUGUUCUUGGAAACGUUGAUUGAUCAGUACCUUGGACCGUUCGAGAAAAAACUCAGGUUAUACAAUAUUUAUUCAGUUUAUCAUUCUGACACGCACUUAAUUAUAUCUGGAGUAUAGAAUCCAAUUUUAAUUGUCAAAAGGCAAACACCAGGUUUAGAAAAUGAGCAGAUAAAUAGAUCAGUUUGGGGUGAAACUAUUAUUUUUUGACGAGGUAUAACGAACUGUUAACCAGUAAAGGGAAAACGUGGUCACGUGAUGUUAUCGUCUGCCUAAAACUAUUUGAGAAGUUGUAUCAGACACCCAAAGUAUUUCACACGUUAAAUAUGUCAAACAUAAAAGAAAAUGGCAAAAAUAUCCCCUCUCCAUCUCGCGUCUGUUUGUCUAAAUACUUGUUGAAGUGUCCUCCUAAAUUAUUUGAGACUAUUCUGGCAAAGUAAGCUUGAAAUCAUACCGUUUUGCAAGCCUAAAAUCAGAGAGAUACUCUUCUCCGCAGGCUUCCCUGUGUUUUCGAUUUUGGAUCAAAAAUAACAAAGCGUUUCAGUUUCAUCAUUACUUCAAACGCGAUGAAGACAGCGGUAUGACUAACUUCGAAAUCUUGAAAAUGAGAAGUACUCAGAGGGAGCUGAGUUACGUGCUUUUCUGUUUGUCGUGAUCCAAUGAAACUACACUGUUUUACAGUUUUUGAAAUCUGUUAAUACCCAAACCAUCAGUACAGGGAGUGAUUCUCUCUAAGAUAGCAUACGACAUUCUUUGGUCCUCCAAAUUAAUUGCUUUCCCGAAUUAAGAGCGGUAGGGACCUGAGCUCAUGCUGAACUCUUGAAGUGCGGUUCUUGGGUGUCCUUUAAAAGAAAGUUGACUGAAACGUCAAACCACAAGUUUGUCAAAUUUGCAUAGCUAAGAUAUAUCUGAGUUAUACUGUAGUAGGCUUUUUCAGGCUAUUUCGCACCCAUUUUUUUAUUUAGAAAACGGAAAUACGAAAGUGAAAAUGAUCGUCGCAGUUGAGUAAAAAACCUAAUCGGUUGAAAAAUAACCUGAAAAAAAAUUCCAGUGGUCUGCUGUUCAGUUGGUUUGAUUAGCUUAAUGGAUAGAGCGUUGCGCUCGGUCAUCGCAAAGGUAGUGGUUCGAUUCCUGGUCAAGCCUUAAUUUUUUCAGGUUCUCUCAUAUCUUUAUCCGGAGAUCACAAUAUGAGUCACUUUAUAUAUUUCCAAAACUGAAACACGUUGAUAAGAAAGGAAUAUCUAUAGUUACAUGCGCCUUGCGAUUAUCAGGUUGAGACCUCGAGAUGUUUGAAAAGCACGAUUUGAAUAACGAUUUCCAAAUUCCCCCCUAGGCGACUUUAUAUCAUUGUCUCAUCUUAAGGUUUUUCUCUUAUUGGUAGAAGUGAAAUCGAUGAACAGAGCUUGGAGAUUCUGUUAGAGGCUGGUCCACCCAUGUAUCUUGGAUUCUUGAUUCAUUUGGUUUUGCACUUUAUAGUAAUCCAAUCAAGAAUUCGCAGACGA